CGAGGUCCGGCCGCUCCCAUGGAGCCCAGGCUCGUCGGCCCCGGGCCUUACCGCGCUACCCGGCUGUGGAACGAGAUAAUAGAACUUUUCCGUGCUGGAAUGCCGUUGCGGAAGCAUCGGUGUCGCUUCAAAAGCUACGAGCGUUGCUUCAAAGCGUCAGAGGCAGUGGACUGUUUACACGAACUCCUUGGCUCCAAUCAAAACUUUGGCCCAGAGGUGACUCGUAGUCAAACGGUUAAGCUGCUUAAAAAAUUUCUGAAAAAUCAUGUUAUUGAAGAUAUUAAGGGAAGAUGGGGCAAAGAAGACUUUCAAGAUGAUGGCCAUUUAUAUAGAUUUCCUCCUUCCUCACCACUGAAGCCAUAUCCAAAGAAAUCUUCAUGUGGAAAGGAAGUAAUUAAAUUUCCAGACUGGAAUGAACCAAAGACUGACACUUCCCAAGAACACAUCCCAGUGAAAUCAGUCACGAUGAUCUCUGAGAUGUGGUACAAGCGACACAGUAUAGCUAUUGGGGAAGUACCGGCAUGUAAACUUGUGUUCCGCAGAGAGCUAACACAAACAAAUAUAGAAGAGAUAUGGAAAUCCAUGACUUUGUCACGAUUACAAAAGGUCUUGGGUUUGGAUUCUCUGGAUGAAGUGUUAGACACAAAACUUGUGAAUUCAAAGCAUAUAAUCCAAAAUGCAUACAAUGUCAAUAAGCAAGGCAUUGUCACUUUAGAAGAUAAAUUAAAGGAACUACCUCACUGGAUAUUAUCAGCAAUGAAAUGUCUAGCAAAUUGGCCUAGCUGCUCAGAUUUAAAGCAGCCUUCAUACUCAGGAUUUGAAAGAGACGUUUUCAAAACUGUAGUGGACUACUUUGGCCAGAUGAAGGAACCUCUUCUCACAUUUAAUUUUUUUGAUGUUUGUGUUAGUGUGUUAGGUGUGCUGCAAAACCACAACAAGGCAGUAGAAGCUCUUCAAAUAUGUUGUCUCCUGUUGCCACCAGAAAAUCGAAAAAGACUACAGCUAUUGGUGCGGAUGAUGGCAAGAAUUAGCCUUAACAAGGAUUUACCACCUCUUUCUGAAUCAGUGAGGACCAGAACUUUGAUGGUUCAGGCAUUUUCCCGUUGCAUUCUUUGCUCAAAGGAUGAAAUGGACUUGGAUGAACUGCUUGCUGCUAAACUAGUGUCUUUUCUCUUGGACAAUUAUCAAGAAAUCUUAAGUGUUCCAUCUACCUUAAAAUCUUCUAUAGAAGAGCAUGUUGUACAUCUCCAGAGAGUCCAAAUAAAAUAUGCUGGAGCUGCUACUGAAACAACUUCUCCUCCUCCGUUGUUCUGUCACCAAAUCAGUACAGAUGAAUUUGAAUACCAAAGGGCAACUGGCUCUCAAGAACCGCUGGCAGCUUUAUUGGAAGAAAUUGCAAUGAAUAAAGAAAUAUCUGUGAAAGAUAAGAAGAAGAAGCUGAAGCAAUUUCAGAAAUCCUACCCUGAAGUGUACAGAGUCCGAUUUCCUACUCCUGAAACUGAAGCGGUGUUAUUUCCAGAGAAAACUAAACAGAAACCACCAGUACUCAUGUGGGCCUUGAAAAUGCCUUUUCAACCAUUUCAUAGAACCAGAAGCUUUCGGAUGUAAAUGGUUUUAAAUACAUCAGCAAACUGAGUCAGAGCAUAUUGUCAAUGGACCUUUAUGUAAAAGGAGCUGGAGCAGCAUAUAGCUACUCAAAAAACUACUGGGGAUACUGCCAAGAUGGUAGAAAAG